UUAUCGACGCAGGCGCAAAGUCUCGUGUGCUUUGCCCGUCGGAGGCACGUUUCGUGGGUGUCGUACGCUCGGUGUUGCCUUGCUCGUGAGUCCUCGUCGCCUAACCUCACCGACGUCGGAAAAAAACAGCACCAAGACCCUCCCGACUAUUCCAGGCAAUCGAGAACCCCAAUAUUCACCGUGAAAGUGAGCGAAACAAAUUUUUGUUCGCGGGUUAGGCCUGUACCUUCCAGCGAAGAAAAAAAGCCAACAAACGAAAAACAAGUCACCUGCCGCAAUUUUGACACCUGACUGUAGUGAUCACGUCAAACACGUCAACUCAAGGCUCUCCGAGGUUCAACUACACGGUUACGAGUGAAGCAAACACAGACAGAAAUGAAAACGCUUCAAGUGUUUACUGAAGCUCGCAGCACGCUACUGACUGCAUAGUGAAGAGGCACCUAGACUAAGCGUAGGACGAUGUCCUACCCAUGGCUGACUCCAUUGUGCGAGAUUUCCUCGUCGACUGCAAGACUGUGACAGAUGCUGAAAUCCACUCCUUUGCAAGCACGCUCCGCGAGAACAAUGAGCUGAUUGACGCAAUCAUUCUGGUGCUAGAAGAGAAAGAAUAUCAUCAUGAGUUCCUCGAGCCCCUGUGUGAGCAGCUCUUUGCCUUCUUCAAUUCGACGGAGGACGCCCUUAGCCAGUUUGCCCACUUCUUCCUGCCCUGCGUGCUCGGCGUGUACUUCAGCUCCCUCCACAAGAAGGACCGCAAGGCCUUACGCUGUCUCGAGAUUUUGCUGCUCGGUGCUUACAACUUGCAAAUCUUGGACAACGAGGGGAAGCCCACGACGAACACGUAUGGGAUCCCAUCGAUGAGCAAGCCUUCCAUUUACCACGAGCCUACCAUGCUGCCGCAGCUGCAGCUGACGGAACACAUGCUGAACAAGCUGGAGCAUGGCGACAACAAGGUGGUCCUGGGACCCUACCCUGCCGUGGACUGUCUCAGUGCUAGCAAUAGGUUGCAGGUAGCCAUUGUGCUUUUGCGUGUGUACAACCAGGUCAUCAGCACCAUGCCCCAGUCAUCUAGGGCUUCCCUCUGCAAGAUGUGUUCCAGGUUGGUGAACCAGGGCUCGUCUCAUGCCAGCCGACGCACAUCCUUUGAGGGAACCCUUGCCCCUGCCUUCCUGCCCAGAGUCUUUCUCAGCUCACAGAUUCUCCUGGAAAUGCUACAAGCCAUCUAUUUCUCCAUGUUCAACGGCCUUUUCAGUCUAGGACACCAGGCUCUGAACGACAUCCACCGGCGUGCCAUGCAGAACAUGUUCACCGACGUGCUUCUGAUGACCAAUGCCAUCAAGAACUCCCUGGACGCCGGCCAGAGCGGCCACCCCGGGGAGGGCCCCAUGGGCAUCAGCGUGGCCAUCUCCCCCACUACCUCCACCACCACCGUGUCCAAGGCCAUCAUCACCAAUGCCUCCUUCAGGACCAAGAAACUGCCAGACGACAUUCCGAUCCCCAAGGAAGGGGAGAACCCGGUCCACGAGGGGCCCCUUGACGUGAUCAAGGAGGAGGGGACGGCGGAGGAGGGCGGGGCCAUGGCAGGUGCCAAGGCCAUGAUCAGCAACCUGCCCAAGCUGCCCGGCAUGAGCAAGCUGGUCAAGAACAUCACCCAGCGGCGGGACUCGGUCGGCGACAAGCCGGCUUUGGACUCUAAGCCGACGCCCAGCGCACUGGACUCGCCUAAACAAAACGACGCCGCAACUGCGUCCCUUGUCGAAACGGCCAAGCGGGCAGCUCGGAACCCGACGGACCCCACGACGCCAGACCCUGCGGACCGCAAGGCCGCCAAGCCAGUGACGGAGAAGAAAGAGCGCUCCGCAGCGGCCUCCCGGGGGAGCGCUGCGACAAAGGAAGAAGCUGCGGCCAAGGACCAGCGGAACAAGUUGGCGGAUCAACACCGAGAUGUGGAGCCCCGCAAGUCCAACAAGACGUCGUCAGAAAAGGACUCGACGGACGCGUGGAAGUCCGGCAAGGCGUCGUCGGAGUGGAAAGAGGAAUUGGGACCGACGCGGAACGGCGUCGAGAAGCGGGACUCGUUGUCGUCACAGCUCCAGGACACGGUGGGUUCAACGGAGUUGCGGAACCUUGCGACGGCCGAAAGCGUGACGAACCCAAGCAGCACCAGCGUGCUGCCGUACAAGAAUGGCGGCGACAAGCAGUGGUCGACGCAAGUUUGAGAAGGGGCGGCGCCAAAGGCUCGAAUUGCCCUCGGUGUCUGCAUGCCGAUUGGACGCGACGCGUCCUCGCUACAUUUUUUCGCCUCUUGCAGACGGCGCAGCGAACGCUGCUAGACAGCUUUCUUCUUCGUCUCGCAUUACGAUGAACUGCAGGCUUGUUCAUGCGUCUGCCGUGUCAUUUGGAGAUACUAGUGCUGAUCUUGCUGAUACAGCGCUGACUUUGCUCUAUGUUUGUGAUGCAGCGCUUAUGCGGCGCUGCGUCGGUGCUAAGUUAUGUUUGGGUCAGCGCCGCAUCGGGGCUGUUCCUGAUUCUGCUGUGUUGUAUCUGUGAGCCAACCUUGCGGCCGAAACUGCGGGCUGCCAGAUGCGACCACUAGUCAGUUAGAUAUCGCGUGGUCAGAUAGCAUCCUGCCACUCGUGAACAAGAUGCGCCGUGGUUUCUAACCGACUUGUGAUUGAACCCAGCAGCUCGUAACCUUGGCUGUAGUUUGUCGUAAGACGAGACUAAGCAUAGCUCCCAGUCUUGAAUGCGUUUCUGCCACGUAAAGUCUCUGAUCGUAGAAUCUCUCGACGGAUCUUGGGACCUCGCGAGUCUGGCGUUCGGUUCGUCGCAUUGUCUGUUCGGAGGCGAAAAGGAGCUCGGCGGAAAUCGAAGACCCCACAGUGAGUGCCGUAACGUUGCGAGGUCGGCACGACUGGGAGAGGGUUCAGCCAGCCGUCGCAGCAACGUGUGCCACGUUGUAUCAUGGUCGUCAAGUCGCCGCUACAUUCCGCCCGAUCUGUUGUGUCGCGCGACUUCAUAGGAUUCGGCGUGUCGGAGUUUUCACAUCGUCUGAUGCGUCGGCUACCGGGCAGCUUGUUUCUUGUUCCUUUUUGCGGUGUACUCAAAGAUGGUUUUAGAUUGUACUUAGGUCAUGUGGUUAUUCGUUUUCGCCUGCUCUUACGGGGUGGAAAGAAUCAUCACCGACCGCGGUAGUUGAACGCAGUGGGUUCGAUACACCAAUCUUGUGAUGUGCGUCGUGUUCACUCGUGGAAACUUCCCAGUAGCAGCGCUCGUAAAGGCAGGAAGGUUUGAGAAUGAACGCAUGCUUCCUCGGGGUGUACCAGAAAAAUAAUGCAAUACACUGAAGAAAAAAAGGUUCCUUUUCGAGAGCUGGUGUUCGACGUGACUGUGCCGUCAUCAUUAGCGGGCCUGGUGUCGUCAUAGUAGUGUGUCAUCGUCGUGAAGUAUUUUCGAGCGUUUUAAACGAGGAGGAAAGGGUUAGCUUUAGCUUUCUUUGGUCCGAUCAAACCUCGAUCCCGUUUGUUUUUAAGCGCCUCCUCCCGUCGGGUCGGCGUCCUGUACAUAGCACAAAUAAAGAGCCGACUCGGAUUAUCGUCAUAAUUCUUACAAGCACUCGAAUGCCUUGCAGGUAGCACGUAACUCGCCGUAGAACGUUUUCCCGACCAGUAGUCGUCGUGCGCGCUUCGAAUGUGGUGUCCGGAGCGCAAGUCCGACUGUUGCGUUCGCCGCUCACCCAAAAGUGGUUCCUCGAUUUCCACCCGACAACAACAGCCAAAGCGUCAUGCCGUCGCCCACCGCGAUCCAGGUGGUGGCACGGUGGCAGAGUAGGCACCCGUUGCACUGCAGGUAGCUUUGCUGGCAGACGGUCGACGGAAACCAAAGCAGACGCGGGACGGGGUACCCCGUUUUCAAUCCACGGGCGGGAUGGGGCGGUAAACGCAUCGGUCGAAGACUUGUUCUAGGCACCAUACUUUGGAGCCCGGGUUGCAAAGGGUGAUGCGCACACGUAUCUCCAUGUAGUAAGUCAGCGACGAUCCAAUAACCGAGGGAAGUGUUUCGUUUCCUCGCGUUGCUGCAUUCAAGUUGUAGAAAGAAAAAGGGAUGAGGAAAAAAAAAAAAAACCACAGAUGUCUCCCGAGUGCCUAUACCGUUUUCAUGCUCUUUUAGGGUCAGUAGUACUUGUGAAACAAGAGAGCCAUUUGAAGGGAAACUGGGAUUAAUCUAUUCAUUUCUCGCUGUCCCCAUAGCCGUGUUCCUUGGUUGUUUUCUCUCGGCGCACUUUGUGCUCUUGAUUGUCGAAAACUUGAAUUCUGAACCCCCACGUCUCGGUGUGUGUGGGCUUUUUCCGGAUUCCCUGGAAAGACUGAGGUGGAGAGCAAAUUUGUUGUGCGAUUGUGCUCAAACAGCAAAGUUUUGUUAUUGAGUUUUUUCUUUAUGUGUUUGCGCCGUGCAUUGUAGUUUUUAAUACCCCCUGCUACCUCCCGAGCUCUUAUCAAGAAAAUAAUACUGCCAUUGCUGAAAGGAACGGAAAAAAAAAAUCUUGCACCGAACAUACUGUCUGUAAAUGUAUACAUGCACGCUUGUAGCACAUUUCACGUCGUCACAAAUAUGGGGAACCAAAUGUAUAAAAUCGAAAUGCCUGCCAUAAUUUUGAAGAAAAAAAGUGAAAAUGCUUAACAAUAUGGAAUUUGUUACUUGCUAGGAUACAAGUGGAAAAAGAAUUAUGCACAAUUUUUUAACUGAAUUCGAUGCAUUGGGUAACCUUCCAGUUGUCCGGACGUCUUGUCUGCAUAGCUAGGCCAGCUGCAAGCUGCAUCUCCUUAUGGAAACGCAGUUGAACACCUCGGUGUCGCACGGUUGGUUAAAGAGGAGCUUAGGCAUUGUUUUCUUUUGUUUAAGCUAGCCAAACUAACCAGGUCUUUGGAAUACCCAGGCUUUGCUCUUCCCAGCAAGCUAUUCAUUAUCUCUAAAUUUAGAAUAGCUACCGAGGAAACAAUUAAUAAAGAUAAUGCAAAUAAUGCGAAGGUUACGCCAAAACCAACAUUCAUAAUUUUCCAGACGCCAGUGGGGUGAUGUCACAUGUACAAUAUGUCGAGCAGGCAAUCUAAAAAACAAUACUACGCCUGUUUUUUUUUUUUUUUUUUUUUUUUUUUUGUUGGUGCGAUUUUUUUGGGGCAUUUGUUUCACUUUAUUAAACUUCUUGUAACUUGUCGGGAACAAGCUGCACUGCCCCUGAUAGUACAUUUAACGUCGUGUUUUGAGUGUUGCCAGCCUCGAAGCAAAUUUGAAAAUUCAAUAACUGCAAACAAAAAUUUACAUGGUAACCCUGGAGUCGGGGAAAAGAAGGGACGUAGGACAGACAAAAAACUCUGUGUCUGUCCUACGUCCCUCCUUUUCCCUGGCUCCAGGGUUACCAUGUCAGUGUUGAACCAGCUCACCUGCACCCUUGCUUUAGUUACAAAAAUUAUUUUGACUUGUAAUUUGGGUUACUAUUUUGGGUCUGUCUAUUAAUGUCAUAACCCAAUGUUAAUGUCAUGAGCCAAUGUUGAGGCGGAUCUGUGACGCUUCAAAAUUUCGCCAGGGCUCUCUUAGAAAAAAAGAAAAAGAAUACCCAAGUUGACAACAAACAACCUGCACACAUUGUCAGUGCCUGUUUUCGGGUCGUCGAUAAUCAUCGUCGCGGGUAGCGGCGCCAUUACGAAGCUCAUGUCGCUGUUGUUCCAAACAUCUCUGAGUGUUAGAUUGAAGCCAAGGUCGCUCUUGUUGAAGUAGUGUCUAAAAUAGUACCAAAUAUGCAUAUAUAUUACUGUGGGUGUUAUCGGAGGAAAAAUGUAUAUAGGUAUAAAUAUAUACAAUAAUAAAUUGUUGGCAAUGUUGA